AUGGUCUUUUUUAUGUUUUCAUUAUUGUUUGGGUUAGUUUUAGGUUUAGCGGCAGUAGCUUCUAAUCCUUCUCCCUAUUUUGCAGCAUUAGGGCUGGUAGUGGUUGCGGGUACGGGGUUUGGAGUUUUGGUAGGCCACGGGGGGUCUUUUUUAUCUCUGAUUUUAUUUUUAAUUUAUCUAGGGGGAAUAUUGGUUGUGUUUGCGUAUUCAGCAGCGCUUGCUGCUGAGCCCUAUCCAGAGGGGUGGGGGAGUUGGCCUGUGUUGGGGAUAAUGUUAGUUUAUUUAUUGGGGGUGGGGGUGGUUGCAGGGGGGUUUUGAGGGGGAUGGUAUGAGGGGUCUUGAGUUUCAGCGGACGAGUUGAGUGAGGUAUCAGUGUUUCGGGGGGAUAUAGGAGGUAUCGCAUUAAUGUACUUGACUGGGGGAAAGUUAUUAAUUAUGGGGGCGUGGGUUCUUUUGUUGACAUUAUUUGUGGUAUUGGAGUUAACUCGGGGUCUUAGUCGGGGGACGUUGCGAGCUGUUUAG